AUGUUCACCUGGCCAGCCUGCUCUCUCUCCUGCCACUGGGCCAGCAGGUGCCACCACGCGGAGUCCUCUAGUUUCAGCCUCCCUGGGGGUUACCUCCUAGCAAGCCUAUUCUCGCCCCACGGGCAGUCUGGGGGGCUCCAGGCCUCCCUGUCCUGGCUGAUCAGCUACGAGGCCAGCAGCGAGAUCCGCAGUGGGAAGCAGCAGCACCCCGCUUUCCUGCGUCCUCUCCCCAGCGGCGAGCACCUGCAGGUCAUGGUGCUGCUGCCACAGAGGGUCCGGUGGGUCUGGAUCUCACCGGUGGGCAGUGAUGGCGACGACAGCGGUGGGGGUGCAGCGCUGGAUGACUGGGCCACCCAGCAGGGCAUCUGUGGUGCCUUCAGGGGCAUCGUGCCCGCCUCUGCCCGGCUGGGGGCGAGGGCCACCGUCGUGGUGGUUUUCUCUGGUGGGCACCUGGCCACGGCGUUCUUUGGGUCUGUGGUGCUGGCCAGCCUCACGGCCAAGGUGGGUAUCGCCUCAGAAGUCGGGGACAUCAGCAAGCUGCCAGGGAUCUGGAGCAUCUCAGGGUGGUCUGGAGGCGGCAUCUCGGUGGCUCCACAAUUCCCCCCACCCCCACCCCUGCAGUUCCAGCUCCUGGAGCAUCACAGGGUGGACUUCCCACUGCCCAGGGACUCUGUGGUCUUUGAUGAACGGGGGCUGCUCAGUGGCUAUCACAUAACUGCCUGGACCUGGGUUGGCCUCCAGUGGACCUUCAGCAUCACUGGUCCCUCCACGUGGUCUCCAGUUCAGCUGGACAUCGGUGAGACCAAAAUCCAGGGGCUCGGAAAGGACAACCAGGUGCCCACGUUGGUGUGUUCUACCGACAGUCCAGAAGGGCACCUGCGAGUGACUGUGGCUUUUUUCCACUGUGCUUCGAGUGUGCGCUGGGACUUCUGCGGGGAGCCCACACGGCCCCUGUGUUCGAAGCGCCGAGCCCUGUUUCCUCUAGUAUUCCUAGCCUGCCUGACAGUCCACUGCCUCCAACUGGUCUUCGUCUUCAGGUUUCCCACCAAACUGCCCUCGUUUUACCAAGCCUGGGUCCCAAACCGAGGGUGUGCGGGGCUGUCUGAGCUGAUCAGCUCGAUGGCGCAGCUGCCGACCUGUCUAACUUGGCUGGCAGUGUGGACCCCACUGCCCCCCAAGGGUCACCAGCACUACCCUCAGCUGGUGGUGCUCAGCUCGGUGGGCUUCAUGCUGGCUUUCGCCUACAUGGGCUUCCUCUUGCUGAGCGCCCUUGCCUGCAUAGCUGGCAAGGACCUUCCAGAGAACUACAAGGAGGAGCAAUGUGUCACCCUCAGCCUGCUCCUCAACUUCGUGUCCUGGAUGGCCUUCUUCACCGUGACCAGCGUCCACCAGGGCAAGUGCCUGGCAGCGGCGGACGCACUGCCCCCCCUGAGCAGCGGCUUCAGGGGGCAUUUCCUCCCCAAGCGCCUGGUCCCGCGCCGCCCAGAUCUCAACACCAGCAACACUUCCAGGCUUCCUUCAGGAUUACACCAGGGCAGAGGCCCCACCUGA